AUGGCAGAGGUACGCUGUUACAUGGCAGAGGGCGACUUCGAUGUCUACUUGAUGGAGAAGGGCGUGAUGCCUUUGCUGCUGCAAGGGCUGGACGCUCUCAGCAAGCACGUGGACAAAGUCGCCACCGGCACGACCAUGGGCAGCAGCAAGCAGAAGUUCAAUCCCUUGAUAUGGCUGGCUCAGUACCUCUUGCGGAACCAUCCCGGCCACAUCCACGACCAUCGCACAGGGACGUACGAGAAGAUCCGGGAGCUCGCUGAGGUGGAGCGCGGGCGCCGGAACCUCCUCCGAAAACAGGAGGAGUUUGAAAACGCCUGGUUUCUCCUCGCGGAGGACCACGAGCACAUGCCCCUGGCGCAGACCCCGCGGGUGAUCGAGAAACUCGAUGCCACCUGGAAGCUGGAGGGCGAGUUUGCAAGGUGCGCCAAGCUACCCGACAUCCAGGCUGCAGACCCGGAGAAGGUCAAAUUCUCGGAGUUUUGGCAGAGCUUCGAGGCUCUAGUCAAAGAGAGCGACUUGCUCCGGAUGUCGGUUUUCCAGGAUGCAGAUCGACGCCAGCUUCGAGCUGAAAACGAGGCACAGCUGGCCAAGUACGAGCAGCAACAGCGCCAAGCGUCAGUGGAGGAGGAGCUGCGCCAACGGCAGCUGCUGCAGGAUCGGUUCGAGACGAUCUGUGCAGAUGUCUACAUCAACAGUGCGCUUCUCACAAUCAUGAGCAAGGGCUCAGCCCUGGCAGCUCCAAUGGACCUCAAGGGCGAGCAUGUUGUGCUGGUUCUGCAGCUUCUCCGUGCCUGGGGCUACCCAGUGCUGAAUGACGACGGGGACCUGGUUGACCAGGACCACUGGGAUGCCAGGGCCUCCGAGGUGUGCAGAAGGUGGCGCCAGAACCACGGGCCCCCGUCCAAAACUCCGGAGGUUCUGGACUCCGAGGGCCUGAAGGCUCUAGUUGACAAAGAGGCCUUCCAGGCCCACCGGACGGGCCGCCAGGAUUCCUCGCAGCAGAUGGCCGAUGUCCCACCACCCCCGCCCCCGCCGCCGCCGCCUGCCGAUUCCUGA